UGGUACUUUUCUUUUCGCUCUUUCUUUAUUUCUCUUUCUUUUCUUCAUUUAUUUAAUUUAAAUAUGGAAGCCAUUACGCAUGAAACUUUCUUAAAUAUUUUAUCGUUUUUAAGCACAAGCGACCUAAAAGAAGCACAAUACGUUAGUAGGCGAUGGAAUAAUAUCAUAAGAACACAAUUUCUAUACAAAUACCUUCUUAUAGACCACCAUACUAACUUGGAUAAAGCCACCUUGUUUUUUAUACACAACUCCAGCUUCUCGCGUUCAGUCAGAUCGCUUCAAAUACAUCAUCCUUAUUUCCAUUACCAACCCACGACUUGCUUCCAACUAACUUCAUGGCCACAGAUAUUCCCCAAGAUUUCACAUUUCAAUUUAUGCUUGGAAGGCAAAGUUUAUACCGAUCUUGAUGAUUUACCAGGUCCGAUCAUAGACGACGAAGGCCAAGUCAUUCAGUGUCUUCAAUGUGACCCAGCUUAUUUUGAACCAUGGCUUGAACUCCAGGAUAUCAAAGAAAAAAGCAAAUUUAUCAUCACAUCUUCUUUGCUCCAUGCAGGCAAUUUUGUUAAAUUAACAAAGCUGGAUAUUGAUUAUAGCUUAUACAACGACAAUACAAUUUUCUCAGCUCGAAAAUACUUAUUCUCUGCACUCGAGAAAAAUGUGCCCAACCUAAAAUAUCUACAUCUCAACAAGAUGCCAAUGUCCCUCAGCAGCUUAGACGCACUACAUAAAUGUGCGUCUACAAUUGAGCACCUUCGCCUGACAGAAGUUAAUUUCGUAUACACAGAUGAUGCUGAAUACAACAACAUCGUUCCUGCUUGUUCUGUGAAACAACUUGAGCUUGAUAUGGUGUUUGACAAAAAGAGCGAGCAUUCGAAAAUCCAAUUAGCACAGUAUAUCUCUAGAAAAUACAUCAACACGGAAGACCUGACUCUUCAUUGUGAAAAUGACUAUGAGACAGAAAGAUGGAACAAGUGUAUGCUGGGUAUCUUUCGUCGUUGCAAGAAGAUCAAACAAUUCGACGUGGGUGUUUUGGGGUACAACAAGGAGCUUUUACAAGUCUUGGAUAGUAUGGAAUCAUGCAGAAUACCUCGUCGAUACAUGGCUACGGUGGGCAAGUUUGAAGAACUUAGAUUAUUAGCUGGCUCUAAGCAACGGUUCAACAUUGAAGAAAUGACUGUAAGUCAACAAUGUCAUGAUAGUGGUCCUGAACUUGUAUGUGUUCUGAGUCGAUUUCCAAACCUUGUUUCUUUCUGUCUCAACAAACUUUCACCUUAUUCUGCAGAAAAGACCAAUCACCGACUCAAUAUACCCAUCAACACAUUACUUGGUGAUCAUCCCGAGCUAUUGACUCUAGAAUUGAACGAUUGUAAAAUCUACAAGGCCAAUUUUGAUUCGACACCUACUAGUCAAAAUGUGGACCCUAAUGAUUAUACCAACAAGACUGUUUAUUAUCCACUAAAGACUGUCAGAUUAAUUAAUGUGAUGCUAUACAACAAACCUUGUAUGAUGGGUGGUGCCCUUAGGUCUACUGAAAACUGGUUUUUUGCUCGAAUGUACCUGAGAUGUACUAGUUUAGAAAGCUGUACUAUUAAGUUUUCUUUGGCAUACGAAAGCUUGAACAAUAUGCCUGAAGAUCAUUACCUGUACAAUGAAGCUUGGGUCAAUCCAAUCAUCAUUGAUUUUCCAGUAAAUACAGACCGACUCAAAUAUGUGAGCAUUCAAGUGGCAGAUCGCAAUCACCUCGUACUCGUCAAUCAAGACCAUCAAAAAUAUCAUUAUGCUUUAGAGAAGAUACCGUUUGAAGAAAGAAGCGAGUAUAGAUUAUUGACGGAUGCUCGAGAAAUCUCAAACCGCGAUAUUCUAUAUAUUCGUUGUAAGAAUGUGAAUCGUGUGUUUGACCUUGCUCCUUUUAAAGACCCUUUCACUUCUUAUUAUGAUGAUGAUGAUGAUGAACUUGAAGAAGACGAAGACUAUUAUAAUCGAUACGGAGGUGCCAAUUAUUUUGAACGCAUAUUUGAUAAUGAUGGAGGCCUUCACUUAUUCUGAAU